GCAUGAGUAAAGAGUCCAUCUUUGCCCAGUGAUUGGCUGGCAUGUCCAGGCUCUGGCCAAUCCUGAAGGGGGCGGGCUGGUUAAGCGUCAGGUUUCCCUGAGCCGCCAUCGGUGGAUGUACUGUCAGCCUAGAAACUGGUUCCUUUUCUCCCUGCUGUCGAUGGAGCUUUCUUACCAGACUCUCAAAUUCACUCAUCAGGCGCGGGAAGCGUGCGAGAUGAGGACAGAAGCACGACGAAAAAAUCUUCUUAUUUUGAUUUUGCAUUAUCUAACACAAGAAGGAUAUAUUGAUGCAGCCAAUGCUUUGGAGCAGGAAACUAAACUGGGGUUACGACGUUUUGAAGUUUGUGACAACGUUGAUCUUGAAACUAUUUUGAUGGAAUAUGAGAGCUAUUAUUUUAUAAAAUUUCAGAAAUACCCCAAAAUUGUCAAAAAGGCAUCAGACACAGCAGAAAAUAAUUUACCACAAAGAAGUGGAGGGAAGACCAGAAGAGUGACGAGCGACAGUUGUCAAAAUCUUCCCAAGAUCAGCCAGCAGAGGCCACGGUCCAAAACCACGGUGGGGAAGCCAGGGGGCGCCAAGCCCCUCUACAGGGAGCAUCCUAAAGAGGAGCUUGUCAAUCACACUCAUAAGGAGAGUGCUGACUUUGGCUUAAGUAUAUCUGGAAUCAACAAAGGCAGUGGAGAAGAAAACAUCCGCCCACCAAAAGGCCAAAUCAUUGACUUCCGAGGGCUGCUCACAGAUGCCAUAAAAGGAGCAACCGGCAAACUUGGCUUGAAUAGCUUCGACUGUAACCCAGACCCUUCAGAACGAUUGUUGAAACCUCUGAGUGCAUUUAUUGGCAUGAACAGUGAGAUGCGAGAAUUGGCAGCCGUGGUGAGCCGGGACAUUUAUCUCCAUAAUCCAAACAUAAAGUGGAAUGACAUUAUUGGACUCGAUGCAGCCAAGCAGUUAGUCAAAGAAGCUGUUGUGUAUCCUAUAAGGUACCCACAGCUGUUUACAGGAAUCCUUUCCCCCUGGAAAGGACUGCUGCUCUACGGACCUCCAGGUACAGGAAAGACUUUGCUGGCCAAAGCUGUGGCUACGGAAUGCAAAACAACCUUCUUUAAUAUUUCUGCAUCUACCAUCGUAAGCAAAUGGAGAGGGGAUUCAGAAAAGCUUGUUCGGGUGUUAUUUGAACUUGCCCGCUAUCACGCCCCCUCCACCAUCUUCCUGGACGAGCUGGAGUCAGUGAUGAGUCAGAGAGGCACGGCUCCUGGGGGAGAGCAUGAAGGAAGCCUGCGGAUGAAGACUGAGUUACUGGUGCAGAUGGAUGGGCUGGCCCGCUCCGAGGAUCUCGUGUUUGUCUUAGCAGCCUCCAACCUGCCAUGGGAGCUAGACUGUGCCAUGUUGCGGCGCCUGGAGAAGAGGAUUCUGGUGGACCUCCCAAGCCAGGAGGCCAGGCAGGCCAUGAUCCACCACUGGCUGCCGCCCGUGAGCAGGAGCUGUGCCCUGGAGCUGCGCGCGGAGCUGGACUACAGCCUGCUGAGCAGGGAGAUGGAGGGCUACUCGGGCUCGGACAUCAAGCUAGUCUGCAGGGAAGCAGCCAUGCGGCCUGUGAGGAAGAUCUUCAAUGCCCUUGAAAAUCAGCAGUCAGAGAGCAGCAGUUUACCUGGGAUCCAGCUGGAUACAGUGACCACUGCUGACUUUUUGGAUGUGCUGGCCCACACCAAGCCUUCAGCAAAAAAUCUGACUCAGAGAUACUCAGCCUGGCAAAGUGAAUUCGAGUCUGUGUGAAAUCACAUUUACCCUGACUUGGCCACAAAGACAACUACAGAGGCCUCCUCAUUAAUUAGUGUAAGUGAAAGAAGAAUAUUAUGCUUGGAAUAGAAAACAGAAAAUUAUUCUUGAAGACUGGAUUAAUUUGGACAACUGUACCAUUUUGGAAAUAUGUAUUUUCAUGGUCGAUGUCAGCAAAAUAUUGAAGAUUCCAAUUACAGGUAUGUGUGCUAUGAGGUCUUGCAACGGAGACUUUUCUCACGAGAUCCCAUAAAAUUUAGAUGAAUAAUUU